AUGUUUGCCGGGAAAGAUAUUUUGGAUAGCCGCAUGACGGUCGAAUCAUUUGUUCGAGAUUGGGCUUCUAGAGGAAUCUCAAGGAAAAGCGAUUCAAAUCGCGAUAAAAAGCGAUUGUUUAUGUUAAAUUUGAUGCUGGUCGCCAUCCCUACUGAGUACGAGGAACAAGGGGAAAGUUGGUAUUAUCAGUUACCGCAAUACCCACGACAGCCAAACUUCUCGUUGAAAGACGCAGUUCCGAGCCAUUCCUCGGAUUGCCAACGGUGUCGACGACGCAGUCUGCAAUUGAGCCUAUGUCUCAAACCGAAGCUAAUCUGCCAACUUCUCGAGGAUAACGGCACCGAUUGGCACUGGCAGUGGCUCGACGAUGUCGGUGUUCCAGUUUUGAUUCGUGGCACAGAAUUUGUUGCGUACGACAACGAAAAGAGUGCAACAAUUAAGGCGACUUGGAGCUCCCACAAUAACCUAGCGGGCCUUGCAAUUUAUGGUUUGCCAUAUGAUAAUCCUGAAGGAGAAUGCCCUGAUCGACCGUUCCCAAUACUGCAAAGCAUCGUCGAUGCUCAGGUAUAUAUUGUGACAUGA